AUUGGUGUGGUGUGUAAAAUAGUAUGUGUUCAAACUACUGAAUCAAAAUUUGUGGCUGUGUUUCUUUCAAUAUCAUCAUCAUCACUGAUAUUUUCUUGCCCAUAUCAUACAUAGUGUAAGUCCCAGCUGGAUUCUUGCUUGAGACGCCAUAUCUAAAAUGGCUGCUGUCACAACAAGUGCUUCACUCUGUGUUUCCCAGAUUUCAUCUUCUUCUCUUGCCUCAGUUUCUAGUCUUAACCCCACCACUGCUUAUUUUGUGGGCUUACCUUCGAGGAAAUACAAUGAGAAGAAAAGGGAGUCGGCUAGACUCAAUCGUACAGUAACUGCAGCUGCAGCUGCAGCUGCUGUUGUAGCAGCACCUCCUGAGGAAGUGAAAGAAUAUGUACUUCCAAGAUGGGCUGAUUUUGAUCUUGGACGAGCGCCUAUUUACUGGAAAACCAUGAAUGGCCUCCCUCCUACUUCAGGCGAGAAGCUAAAGCUAUUUUACAAUCCUGCUGCAACCAAACUUGCUCCUAAUGAAGACUUUGGGAUCGCUUUUAAUGGAGGUUUUAAUCAACCUAUUAUGUGUGGAGGAGAGCCCAGAGCAAUGCUAUGUAAAACCAGAGGCAAAGCUGAUCCUCCUUUUUAUACAAUCCAGAUUUGCAUACCAAAACAUGCUAUGAAUCUGAUCUUCUCAUUUACAAAUGGUACUGAGUGGGAUGGUCCAUACAGAUUGAAGUUUGAAGUUCCAAAGAAAUGGAAAAAUAAACCUGUAGAUUUUUUCAACGAGGGUCUGGCAGAAGAGUUGAGUAGAGAAGGCGCAUGUGAAAAGGCUAUAUUUCCGGACACAAAUAUUGUCAUAGACAGAUGUGCUCUGAUGGGAAAUCUGACAGUUGAAGGAGGUGACCGCUGCGAGCUUGAUCUUGUAAGUGGAUGCACAGAUAUAAGCUCACCCCUGUACGACCCUCUAGCCAAUGUAGAUGAUGGAUCCUGCCCUCUUUCGGACUCUGAGGAGUAAACCAGUUACAUGUUAAUAGAAGGUCCAUAUCCUCUAGUUCUGUACAAAAUAUACAUGUAAACAUUAAACAACCUCCCAGUCAUUUAGCUUAUACCUUUCUGUAUACUCCUAGCUUUAUAUGUGUACACUGCACUUCGGUAUUAAAACAACCUCCCAGUCAUUUUCUGACUCUUUCUGGAGGCUUACUCGGAUGUUUCAUGAUACUAGUACAUUUUUAGGAAAGAAAUUAUUUUAAAUUACUUGCA